AUGGACCCUCCACCCCGCAUUUCCGCCGUCGUUGCGUAUCAGAUGGCUUUUGGGAAACGCAGGUCAAAGACCCGCUGCAGUGAUUCGUUGUACAUCACUGCCCAGUCUCACUUCACUGAACCUGUCGUUGAGCGGUUCAAGACGAUCAUGCAGGUUUUGGACACCGAGUCGGGCGCUAUCUUCGACAAAAUCUUCCAGGGUUCUGGUUGCGAGAUACCGCCAUCACAGACCGGCGUAGAGAACCUGAUCAGUCAAGGUAACAAUGUCACUUGUCAACCAGUUCUGCCGCCUCCUAGCAACUUGAGCGAAUUUCAUCACGGAGCAACUGAGACUGCGCUUGUCCCUUCUCUCAUGCUCACUAUUCCUACACCUCAAAUGCCCGCUUCUCCUGUCUUCGUUCCUCAGUCACCAAUUACGGUAUUCAAGUUCGCCGAAGCGACCUCUAGGCAAUUCACCCCCUUGGCACCUUCAAGCUCCCCGUUACCGGUCCCUGCGAUCCCUAUCUGUGAGGACUGCUGCCUUAUCGUGCCCGAAAGUGGUCAGCAAUGUGCUUCCUGCGAGCGCCAGUGGUUGGCCUGCAAGGUGUGGUAUCAGGCAAAUGACGGCGGGCGUAGGCAGCGUCUGAAAGAGCCAUACAUCAAACCCGCGGAGAGCAACGCUGCAAAUAGGGCGCUAAUGGAUUUCCUGGGCGCACCGACAGGCUUGGGCAACUCCUACGGCUUAGGCAUUCGGGCAGGACCGGAGCAAGCAAUGAGCAAGAGCAGGUUCAGGCGACUCGCACCUUUGCUUGCGCUGGCUACUGCAGACUCGUCACUAAGCAUUCUGAGUGGUAGAUCACUCGCGGCUACACUGGAAUCUUCCAAGGCCCUCGUCAAGAAGCUGCGACUGGAGGCGUUCAACAGCUCUAUGAAGCAAUUUUGGGCGAAGAUCGCGCAGCAAGCCCGAUGUAUACCCAUUGCCUUCGUCGAGACACUGUUUCCCGCUAGUCUGUUUGGAGCCACUACUAGCUCAUCCAGUAGUUCGUCGUUUCGCCGCUCUACUUUCGGCGAUGACUUUCUGGGCGAUCCGCGGCUGCGCGCGCAAUCAUCGAGACGUCUGGCCAUUACGUCUACCUCGAGGUUCCUUGAACAUCUAGUCGAAGCAUCCAGCACUACCUGA